UUGUAUGAGUUAAGCCAUGAUCUAUGCUUAUUAGACUCUUAACAGAAACUUUAACUGUUAAAUCAACUCGUAUGAAUAUUCAGUUCUGUGUAUGAAGACAAAGAAGUUUUAGGGUGUCAUUAAAAUUCUUAAGUUACUCCUCCCUGCUGUUUGGCGUUGCAGUAAUGCAAAGUUGCAUAAUGCAGCUUUAACAAUUUAGACGAUAGUGAAUGAUCAUCAUAUUAUCAUGUACGGAUGAGAUCUUGCAUAUUUGCUGUGUAGCUGCCAGCUUUAUCUGUAGCACAGUCAAUAUUUUUCAUUUUUCAAGCAGGAUAUCCUUUAACAGGUGUGUAAGUGUAUGAACACUUCAGAUAUCAAUCAUUUUCAAGUUUAACCGGUUGAGAUUCAGUGAUCAUCAUUCAGUCCUUGAUAGUGAAAGUCAGCGUGAGUGCAGCAAAGGAGAGGGAUCGCAGAGCCACUCAAACACAGCAGGAACAGUUGCACAAUGUCAAAGCCAAAGCCUCCAGUUCCUCAGCCAAGGAGACAGUUUUCCCAUCCAGACAAUACAGUGGAUGACAAGCCACCAAAUAAGUGGAAUGUUAGAAGGAGUUCAGAAGGAAGCGACACUGGAAAUGUCAGACUGGGAACAGUAAAGAUGUUGGCCAAACAAUUCGCUAAUGAUGCCUGUAAAGCACACCCUCCUCUGAUGCCAGCCAAGCCUCGGAAGGAAAAGUCUGACGACGAAAAUGAAAAUGAAAUCCUGGAUGACAACUCUCUGAAGGUUUGGUGGAAGGUAGCGACACCCUGGAGUUGUCUCUGCAAGGAUCUCAGUCUGAGGGGUGAGAGAGAAACAAAGAUCAUCAAAGUCAAAGCUCAACAUCUCUGUAAUGCUAUCAAGUAUUACAUGAACCUGCUGUCUGAAAAUAGCGGCACCCUAAAGCAGCACAUUGACGAUCUGCUCUGCAUCGCUGACAACUUAGACAAGUUUUCUAAGGGGACAAAGAUUGCUGGCAUAACCGGAGGAGCGACAUCUGUAGCGGGAGGAGUGGCAGCAGCUGCCGGAGUGAUACUAUCUCCGUUCACUCUGGGCGCCUCGCUGGCCCUGACUGUAGUUGGGGUGGGCGUUGCUGCUGCUGGCGGCGUCACUGGUGCAUCAGCUGCCAUCGCCCACAAGGUGAACACCACACAGGACCAAAAGAAAAUCGACAAGACCCUCGGGGACUAUAAAGAACUUAUGGAGAAAAUUCAGGCCUGCUUGAAAUUCAUCAACGAGGGUAUGGGGCAGCUAAAGAAGCACGAUCUGUCCAUUAUGGGUGAAUCCAGGAUUGAUUCGGUGAGGGUAGUGAGAGAGCUGGUUGCUACGGGAGGGGAGAGUGCCAGGGUCAUAGAGGUGAACAGUAAGGCGUCUGGGCUGAUACAAGGCUUCGGCCUCUGUAUGGAUUUCUAUUUCACCCAAGGAAAGGAUGGCCAGAAGCUGAAGAAGGGCCUUGAGUCAAAGUUCGCGAAGAAAAUCCGCACGCUAGCAGAAGAGCUGAAUAAUGGAUUGGAGGAACACAUGGAGAUCAAGAACUCGUUCAGUGAGCAUUUUCCAGAGCAGUGAAAGGUUUUUAUCUGCUGAACCUUCUCCUACCUGAUUUUACCACAUACUUUUGUAUUUACACAUCUAUAUAUGUAGGUUAUGGUAUUAUACUUGAUAUUUUUGAGUUAAAUAAAUGGGGAACAAACUCAAACAAAACUUCCCAGUCCCAAGUGAUUUGAGGGAUUACAGGUCUAUACAUCUAUAUGCUGAUCAGUCAAGGUUGAAAACAUGUAGGCUUAAGGAUUAAAGAGCUGAUUCUCUGCUAAUCUUUUUUUUCCUUUUUGGAAAAAGCAUACGACAUGGCUUACAGUAUGUUGCACCUUCAGGAUGUGCUGCUUCAGACUGACCCUGAAGCUGGUCUUGAAGUUGAACUAGCCUGUAUAUAAUAUUGUAUAUAAUUUGGGGGUUUGUGUUCUCUUUUUCAUGUUCCUGUAUCCUAUAUUUUUUUUGGAGUCUUCUUCCUUUGGAGCUGAAUUUCUUUUUAAAGUUUUUAAUGCAUUAUGUAAAAGCACCUUGGAUCGGCUUUGU